GUUGAGAGAACAGCUUAGUGGAUGAGUGUUAAAAACAAACUACUUAAAAACACAAAAUCAAGGGGAUCUUGGCUUUUAAAGUUCAAAAACGAGAACUGAGCGAUGGAACGCUGGCAAGAUCGCGUGGCAGUGAUCACAGGUGCUAGUUCCGGGAUCGGAGCUGCCGUGGCCCGCCAGCUGGUAAGUGCCGGGGUCAUUGUUGUGGGUCUGGCUAGGCGGGUGGAACGCAUGGAGGCCAUCAAGGAGCAACUGCCCCCAGAGCUGCAGACCCGUCUGCAUGCCAUUCACUGCGAUGUCGGGGACCUGGACUCGGUUACGGCCGCCUUCAACUGGAUCGAGGAGCAUCUCGGCGGAUGUGACAUUCUGGUGAACAACGCCGGCUGCCUGAAUCCUGGACAACUGCUCACCUUAGAGCUGGAGCAACUGCAGCAGGUUCUAAACGUAAAUCUCAUGGGCGUGGUCAUCUGCACCCGGCUGGCCUUUCGCUCGAUGCAGCACCGUGAGGUGGCUGGUCAUGUGGUGCUUAUCAAUAGUCUGACGGGACGAACCAUUAUCAAUCCACCCGGCGACGAGUUGCAGUUGCUUAACAUGUAUCCGAUCACCAAGCACGGGAUAACGGCCAUGUUAGAGGUUCUACGACAGGAGCUGCGCGGAUUCAAGACCAAGAUCAAGGUCACAAGCAUCACCCCAGGUGUGACCGACACAGAAAUUCUGCCCUCUGGUUACGAUACGUUGCCGAUGCUAAAGCCGGAUGACAUUGCCGCGGGCAUUAUGUACGCCCUGGCCACUCCCCCACAUGUUCAAGUGCACGAGCUGACCAUCAAGCCGUUGGGAGAGCCCUUCUAAAUCCCUCCGGCAUAUUAUUAUGAUGAUAGUAAAAAGAUCGUUUUUAGCAAAUAUACCGGCAUGUAGAAAAUAUUGA